AUGACGUCAGUGGACCUCUUCGGCGACGGGCGAGCGCCCAGCCAAGCACCGGCAGCAUCCCCAUCGCCACGCACGGAGGCCCCGUCCGGAACCACGUCGCCCUCCGAGCUGUCCGUGGACAGCGCAGCUUUGCCGCGGCGCCUGUUCCCCUCGGAGGACUCCUCCCCUGCUCCCGACAGCGGGCCGGCAAGCCCCGUGCUGCCCGCAGGGCCACCCGCGAGCGCGCGGCCGCUCCGUGCCGGGUGCGCGAGCCAGUCCCGGGGGUCGUCCGGCCGCGGCUCGGCGCCGCAGUCGCGUGGCCGCUCCGAGUGUUCGCCGGGCAACGCAGCUACGAGCGCAAUGCGUCUUCUGGGCGAGGACGCGAGCGACGACGGCGACGUCGCGAGCUCCGCGGCGACCCCCGAGUCGAGCGCUCUGACGCCCGCGGCGCAGCUUGCGGACCUGCAAGCGGGCGGGCAGCAGCUCGGAACUGACGCCAUUUGCGACUUGUACAACAUGCAGCUUAUGACGGGGGAGGCGCAAGAGGCGCUGAAGACGCCGCACAAGACGGCGCGGAGGACGCCGCUGUCCCCGAAGCGCGUGAAACCGGCUCGGCCUGGCACGGCGCGGCGCACGCCCCUGCGUCCGGUGCAGAGUCCCCCGCUGCUGCAGAGCCGGGCGCCGGACGCCGAGUCCAGCACGAAGCCCGCGGACGGACCUCGCCGCGCUGGUGCGCCGCGCCGCGGGCGCGAGCGUGGCCGCAGCCGCGAGAGGUCGUGA